UACACACAUCACAAACAAUAAACAUUACCGAACAUUCUGAGAGAAACACAUUUCCUGAGGAAGUGUUCAUGUGACCUGUUCCCACCGCAAAGCAGGGGGAAAAAAAUACCUUCAGAAAUGUUCUCAUAAUCUGCACAUUUUGUAAAGGAGAAGAAAGCCGCAAUAAUACCAAUCAGCGAUCAUCACAUGAGGUAAACAUGUGUGGAAGAUCUGAAGUGAGAGCUGCUGGACUUAUCAUCUUCCGACGGGUGUCGGCACAAAUAGAAUAUCUUCUGCUCCAAGCAUCAAGAAAAGAAGCCCACUGGACUCCUCCUAAAGGCCAUGUUGAUCCUGGUGAGUCAGACUUGGAGGCUGCUGUUAGGGAGACGCACGAAGAAGCAGGACUUGACUCCAAACAGUUCACCAUCAUAGAAAAUUUUCAAACGAUCAUGAAGUACACUGUGAACCGAAAACCAAAAACUGUUGUAUUGUGGCCAGCGGAGGUGAAGGAUCCCACAGCAGAGGUGACAAUCUCUGAGGAGCACGUGGACUUCCGCUGGUUACCGCUUGCCGAGGCCUGUUCACUUGCCAGUUUUCCAGAGAUGAUAUCUGCACUUCAGGAAUGUGACGAAUUUCUUAAGAAAUAUUAUCAAGAAUAAUCAUUUUAAUACCUCUUAAGAUUCUUGACUGGGUCUUAAAAGACAUUUGUAUUUAAAUUGUUAACAGAUUAAAGCAUGAAAGAAAUGUUUUGGGAUAAGUAUCUUUGGAUUACACUGCCCUUUUCUCUGUUAGGUAAUUAUUUCUGCUGUAAGUUUAAAAACUUUUUGUUAGAAAAUUUACUUGGCAAUACUG